ACUAAAAAAAACACAGCAUAUUUCAUUUCUCUUGUUCCUUCAUUCUUCCUCAAAAAUACUCUCAUAAAAUUUCAACCGCCGAGAAACACACCGGAUUUCCAAAACCCUCCGCCAUGAACGGCGAGGUACGACCCUCAAUGUCCGCCUCCUCGUCGGCGACUUCCGCUUUCUCAUUCAUAUCAAAAGGAUGGAGAGACGUUCGCGAUUCAGCCGACGCAGAUCUCCAACUAAUGCGAGCCAGAGCCAAUUCAUUCAAAAAUCUGGCCAACUCAUUCGACAGAGAGCUCGAGAAUUUCAUCAAUUCGGCUUCCACGUCAUUCACUGUAGGCUCCUUAGGUAGCUAUUCAACUCCGACAGAAAUCGACUUCGUGAAGAAGCUACAGCCGAAAAUAUCGGAGUUUCGGAGAGUCUACUCGGCGCCGGAGAUAAGUAAGAGAGUGUUGGAGAAGUGGGGGCCGAGCGCGAAAUUAGGGAUUGAUUUGUCGGCUAUAAGGAACGCAAUUGUGGAGGAUAUCGACGGCGGAGAUGGAGUUAUGGAAAUGGAUAAGGUUAGGAGAAGGAGGAGGAGUGUUAGGUUGAGUGAAUGUUUUAAGGGAGGUGAAGGAGGGGAAAAUCAAGGGCAAUUUGGGGAUUGGGAACCAAUUAGGGUUUUGAAAAGGAGAUUCAGAGAGCUGGAGAAGAAAAGUGAGAGUGUUGAGAUUUUUGGGAGUUUUAAGAAUAGUGAGUUUGUUGAGAAAUUGAAAUCCAGUUUGAAAGCAAUGCGUGAGCCUCAAGAAUUAAAGGAAGUACCGCCAUUGGAUGUACCAGAAUUGUUGGCAUAUUUUGUGAGGCAAUCUGAACCAUUUUUGGAUCAACUUGGUGUCAGAAAAGAUAUAUGUGACAAGAUAGUUGAAAGCUUGUGCAGUAAGCGCAAAAAUCAACUUUUACUGAAUACCUUUUCUCCCGGAGAAUCAUCCUUAUUUGAUGGUGAAAAUGUAAAUGAUGAACUGGAUUUAAGGAUAGCAAGCGUGCUUCAAAGUACGGGGCAUUGUUACGAGGGUGGCUUUUUGACAGACGUAUCAAAGAAUAAUUUGUCGGAUGGGAAAAGGCAUGUUGCCAUUGUAACAACUGCUAGUCUGCCAUGGAUGACUGGCACUGCUGUCAACCCACUGUUUCGAGCAGCAUAUUUGGCCAAGUCUGAAAAGCAGAAGGUCACUCUGUUGGUUCCAUGGCUUUGUCAGUCGGAUCAAGAAUUAGUUUAUCCCAAUAGUCUCACUUUUAGUUCACCGGAAGAGCAGGAGAGUUAUAUUCGCAACUGGCUGGAGGACAGGACUGGCUUUAAAUCUAAUUUUAAGAUCUCCUUCUAUCCAGGAAAGUUCUCGAAAGAACGGAGAAGCAUACUUCCUGCUGGAGAUACUUCCCAGUUCAUUUCAUCAAAUGAUGCUGAUAUUGCAAUCUUGGAAGAACCAGAACAUCUGAAUUGGUAUCACCAUGGUAAACGCUGGACUGAUAAGUUCAACCAUGUUGUUGGUGUUGUCCACACAAAUUACCUAGAAUACAUCAAGAGGGAAAAGAAUGGGGCUCUUCAAGCUUUUUUUGUCAAGCACAUAAACAAUUGGGUUACCCGAGCUUACUGUCACAAGGUUCUUCGCCUCUCUGCUGCAACUCAAGAUUUACCGAAGUCUGUGAUUUGUAAUGUUCAUGGCGUGAAUCCAAAGUUUCUGAAAAUUGGAGAAAAAAUUGCUGCAGACAGAGAACUUGGGCAGCAAGCAUUCUCAAAAGGAGCAUAUUUCUUAGGCAAACUGGUAUGGGCCAAGGGAUACAAGGAGCUGAUAGAUUUGCUAGCAAAGCACAAAAGCGAGCUUGAUGGCUUUAAGUUGGAUGUAUUUGGAAAUGGAGAGGACGCACACGAAGUCCAGAAUGCAGCUAAAAGGUUGGAUUUGAAUGUCAACUUUUUGAAAGGUAGAGACCAUGCAGAUGAUUCUCUUCACGGGUACAAAGUUUUCAUUAACCCUAGCGUCAGCGAUGUGCUCUGCACAGCUACUGCUGAGGCUCUCGCCAUGGGAAAAUUUGUAGUAUGUGCAGACCACCCAUCAAAUGAGUUCUUCAGGUCAUUUCCAAACUGUUUGACUUACACGACAUCGGAGGACUUCGUUGCAAGAGUGAGGGAAGCAUUAGAAAAUGAGCCUCAACCUCUUACAUCAGAGCAGAAAUAUCAUCUCUCAUGGGAGGCCGCUACCCAGAGAUUUAUGCAGUAUUCCGAGCUUGACAAAGUCUUGAAUGAUAGCCAGGGUGAUGCAAAAUUGACAAAACCUAAUGGAAAGAGGAUUGGGAAGUCAGUUUCCCUUCCUAACAUAUCCGAGAUGGUUGACGGAGGUUUAGCGUUUGCCCAUUAUUGUCUCACGGGGAAUGAGUUUCUCAGACUCUCUACCGGAGCUAUACCUGGGACCCGGGACUAUAACCAGCAGCAUUGUAAAGACCUCCAUCUUUUGCCCCCACAAGUGGAAAAUCCAAUCUAUGGCUGGUAAAUAGAUUAGAUCUCUCAUGUCAAUGACCUUUGUGUAUAUGAUUGAACUGUAUUUAAAAGCUUGUUAGCGGGAAGAAAAUUUUAUUCUACUGAUGUAUGUUGACAGCUUGAUCCAAAUUUUGUAUUCUAUUGUUGUUAAUAGAUUUAAUAAAACAUAAUGCAAAAAUUUAGUAA